AUGGAAACCCAACCCACGGCCACCGCUCGGCCCAGGUUCCGGUUUGCAGCAACUCAACCCCUACCACCGCCUCAACCAACGGUUCAAGCCCCUCCAGCUCCAGCCCCACUCCAGCUCAGACCCUUACUCAGAGCUCCUACCUUCCGUCUAGCUCCCCCACAACCCCAACCUCCGCCUACAACUCAACCACAGCCCCCACCUUCUCCUACACUUCAACCACGCCCACAGCCACAGCCACAACCUUCUCCUACACUUCAACCACGCCCACAGCCACAGCCACAGCCACAGCCACAGCCACAGCCACAGCCUCCUCCUACAAUUCAACCACAACCACAACCACAACCUCCUCCUACAAUUCAACCACAGCCACAACCACCACCUUCUCCUACAAUUCGACCACAGCCACAGCUUCGUAGUGCAACUCAACCACAGCCACAGCCUCCAACUACAACUCAGCCACAGUCUGCUACUGUAAUUCAACCACAGCUUCCUGAGCCAAUUCCAAUUCGUUCACCGACUCUUGCUCCUACUUCAACUCAACCACAGCCACGGUCACCGCCACCGCCUGCUCCUGCACCUGCUACUGUUACAGCAAGGUAUACUUCUUCCACGCCGGCUUCUCCAAGACCAUCAGCACCUUCUACUAAAGCCUCCGUCUCCACCACCCCUCAACCUUCUCCCAGGAAGGUUGUGAAGCCUUCCUCCGCCUCAACACAGCCUUCUCCCAGAACCACCUUUCAAGCUCCUCCUCCAAUCCAGUUACCACCAGCUCAGCUGAAGCCGCUCACGAAGGAUGAAGAAGCAGAGCAGAAAACUGUUCUCGUGCAAGAAUACGAGAAGAAACCAAUAUCCACACAAGGAAAAGAUGAACUGCUGAAAAAGAUCGGCGGAGUUACUGCAAGGUCAGUUCCUCACUCUCCCUCUGGAGAGGCGGGGAUGAUGAGGGUGAUAACGCUAGCUGGCGAGAACAAAGGAGCUUUCAUGGAAUUGGGUUCUCCUUCUUCAUCAAACAAGAAGCCUAUCAUCGUCCACAGCCAUAACAAUGGCCAUCUUCAACAGAAAAAGAACAAUGGAAACACACCCAUUGAUGCUGACAGUGGAAAUGAGUCUGGAGGGAAGCAUGGUAGUAAGAUGGAGAAAGAUGAGAAAGCUACAGCUACUCCUCCAAUGGCGGCUUUCGUGAAUAGCAAUGUGCAGAGCGUGAAUAACUCGAUUAUCUACGGCAGCUCGUGCACUCAUAAGGAUCCGGGAGUGCACCUUGCGGUGUCGAGAAAGCCGUCUUCUUCUUCCAAUGGGAAGGCAGGUCACCACCUCCACCACCACCGUACUUGA